GAAUGAGUCCUAAACAUGGAUAAAAUCUAAAUUGUGUGGAAACAUAGUUUUUAAAUGUGCAAAUAAUGUCAUUUAUUUAAAAUGUGUUUAUUAUUAUAAAUCAAAUAUCUGAAUAGAUAGCCAAAUACAAUGAAUAUUAGAAAUUAUGUUUUCAUAAAUCAACUAGUUCUUAAAUUUGUUGGACUUUAUCCAAUAAGUAUUGUGAGAUAUGUUACAUGUAUUAGUUGUAUUAUGCUUAUUAUUAUACCACAAAUAACAAUGAUUUAUACAAAUUGGAAUGAUUUAAACAUUGUUAUGGAAAUUGGCUCAACUUUACUAACAAUUUCGCUUGCUAUGUUAAAAUCAGCAAUUUGGAUGUUCAAUAGAAAGAAUUUAGAGCUUUUUAUUGAAUUCAUGUUAACAGAUUACUGGAAAAUAAUUGAAGCUAAUGUUUUUGAAUACUUACAAAAAUAUGCAUUAUAUGCUAAAACUAUUACCAAAGGAUAUCUCAUUUCUAUGUGUAAUGCCUUAUUAUUUUUCUUUAGUUUACCUAUUAUCGAAAUAUUAAUUACAAAGCAUAAAGAUUCAGAUAAUUUUACUGUGAACUUUCCAUUUGCUGCAUCAUAUCCUGUGGCUUUUUAUAAAUUUCCCUUGUACGAGAUUGCAUAUGCGUCUCAAAUAUUGGCAACAAGUAUUUGUUGUUUGAUCAUGCUUGCAACCGAUGGUCUAAUUGCAACUGCUCUACUUCAUACAUGCGGACAUUUUGCGGUACUUAGAAAAAAUGUAAAACAACUCGAUUCAUACAUCUAUCGUAUAACUAGUUUAAAGACUAAUUCAAAACACAUAAAUGCAAAUUUAUACGAAAUCAAAAUUCAAAUAAUACAUGUAAUCAAACAUCAUCAAGUAGUGCUUUGGUUUUGCGACAAUAUGGAAAAAAAUUUCCAUCUAAUACUCUUUUUACAAGCAAUGAUCAGUAGUCUCCUAAUUUGUUUCGUCGGAUUUCAGGUUUCUGCAACGUUAAUGGAACAGUCUAAAAUGAUUAAGUUUGCUUCUCACUUACUCGUGGCAUUUUUUCAAUUAUUACUUUUCUGUUUUCCUGGAGACAUGUUAAUACAAGAGAGUUUCAGUAUAAGCACAGCUGUAUAUUCCAUACAAUGGUCUCAAUUAGCAACUUUUGUUAAAGAUGAACUGUGUAUGAUCAUUGUGCGUUCCCAAAGACCUAGUUAUAUUACAGCAGGAAAAUUAUACAUAAUGCAUUUGGAAAAUUUUACAUCGAUACUCAGUACUGCAUUUUCAUAUUUUAUGAUGCUUCAGAGCUUCAAUUCAGAAUCUUAGUCUAGGAACUGCUUACAAGUGGAUCAUAUACAAAUGGUGUUAAUACACUUAAUAAUGUGCUACUUUGUUGUCGGAGAACCCUCAUAGUUAUUUCACAAGCGCGCCUAAACGGUCCCUCAAUUUUUAAUGGUCCCAUAGCAUCUACCAUAUUAUGCGUUAAACGAAAUGAUACUAAAACAAAGAAUAAAUGUGAAGCAUUUAAAUUGUAUUGAGGUAUUAAUUUAUGAAUAAAUCUCUUACAUACCCUAUUAAACAAACAAUUAAAAUCUACGUGUACACAAUCUCCGCAUUUAGAAUCAAAUAAUAUAUUUUCUCCAUGACGAUCUCCAAGGCCAAGAAUAUAUCCCACCAUAGACAUUACUGCUGUAGUUCUAAUAUAGGCA